UUUAUGGACUCCAUGCUGAAGAUUUGCUGAAUCUGAAAAUUGGGGAAGCCGUUCUGCGACACAACGGCGAUCCCGCGAUGAAGCAAUUUCUGCUGCACCUGGACAGAACGAACGCUCUUGGUUCGGCCUUUAUAAUAAAAGAUCUGGACGACUGUCAUCUGUUCGUGUCGGCGGAAGUUUUGAAGAUACUGAAUGAAAAAAUUGAUGCGCUGAUGGAAUCGCUUUCUCCGGAUCUUGCGGAAAAAUAGCU